GCUUUCAAAGGGACUGUCACUUGGGGAGACCUUUGAACAAAGGCCAGUAGUAGAGACGGUUGAAAGAAAACACUCCGAUUAUUAAGCAAAAAUUUCCAGUACAGCAUUAUCGCAACAAAUAGCAAAGUCAAUUGGGAAUUGAACAAAUAUCUAGUGUAAUGAAUUUUAACGACAACGCGGACAGCUCGACAGGUAGCCAAAUUGGCAAGCAAAAAGAUUUGAAGUCACCAAAAAGGGCUAGGGACGGAGUGACCAAAAAAACCAAGAAGAAUCUGCCGAAGAAGGCCGCUAUGGCGCGGUCACCACUGACUCCAUCUAUGAAAAUCAAGGCCUUGAUAAAGAAAAGAGUUCAAAUGGCGCAGAAGCGGAAGCUAGCACUUAUGACAUCCGCCAAGGAUAAAUCACUGCAGCUGAAGACCAAACGUAAAGUCAUUGUGGUGGAGCCCUCUUCGAAGUCCAUGCGUCCCAAGAUGAUUAGCCGGCGCCCCACUCCGUUGCCCCGUCCGCGAAAAAAAAGGGAAAGUCGUGCAACGACCUUGCCAAAAUAUAUUCCCUUGUGUCAGAAAAAACACCAUGUCGUCCACGAAAAAUCCUCCAAAGGCUGAUAGUAAUAUAUUAUUAUAUUUGCAACUAAUAUAAUUGGAUGGCGCAUUCAAAUUUUCGUACCCAUCUCUUCUGAUUAUCAUAGUCUGCUCACAUAUUGAAUUCUCCAAACUCAAUUACAAUAAAUUCCAAUUGCGAUCGAUAGAUAGGCUUAUUUAUGUGACCAGAGCCCGAAGGUUGCCGGCGCGUCCCGUAAAAUUCUGUCCAGAAAUAGGCAAAUGUGUCACGACAUCAAAUCGGCAUAUUUGAAUUCGAUUUCGAUGGUUUUUCGAUUUUGGGUCAAGUGCGCACAAGCAUGCUAAUGAGAAAAUGUCACAAAAAUAGUUGGAAAAUAAAAACAAAGUGUAUUCACCCACAUACGAACUGCAAUGCCCACUUAGAUAUAUGGAACACUAGUGCAGUGUCAACGGCAAUGGAGGAUGAACGAUUUGAUCUACCUUCUGCGGAUUAGAGCGAGCUACGCUGGAAAUAGUAGCCACUCUUGCCACAGUGCAGAAGGAAAAAUGUUAUAUAAUAGAAUUUCAUAUUGUCUCGCGAUGGAUUUGAACUCGGAACCCCAACGUAGAAAAUUAACUCAAAGACAAUCUGCGCAACUUAGACCGCAGAACCAUCGACCGUUUCAAAGCAGAAGGAGCUAACAUUGAACCCAACCACCGCAGCAAGCAGUAGUCCAAUCAGAACGGCAAGCAGUGCACAUACGCGUAAAGUAUAUGUAAAAUUCUUAUUCUUCAUAA